CAACAACAACAAACAACAGAGCAGACCGUCGUGCCACCCUACCACAGAGGGCUUGGAUGGGAGUAGCGUCUAAGUUGGACACACGCAUAGGACUACUGGUGGCUGCUGGUGCUCCCUGAAGGCAGCACUUAGUGUCGUCAAGGUACAAGAAGCCUUCAGGAGAAGGGCCCGUACCUGUUCAAUCUCGUGUGUGUCUGGGGAUGCACCUGCCGGCUGCUCUAGUCGUCCUAGUAGAUAUAUGUAUUUUUUCGGCACUUUCUCCCGGAAAUGCCACGGAGGCAACGGAGACAGCAUAUUUCUCGGAUGAAGAGAGGGCCUUCACGGUGGACUUCAAACGAAGACAACCAACAAACCAACACCCUGCGGUAGCCCAAUCCCCACGCAACGCCAGCAGCACCAACAUCAACAUGAAAAAAAGGGGGCGCAGAGAGCUGCUCGGAGUGAACGUGGACGAUAUGGGCGAGAAGUGCCGGAGAAACCCACUGCAUGAGAGAAUCGUGGACCCGGCAGAAUAUAAGUAUGGGUGCAAAGAAAUACAUAACAUGAUCAGGCGCGAACAUGCUCUGCUUGCUAGCGGGCUUGUGCGUGACGUGUACCUCGUGGAGUACGAAGGGCAGGCCCUUGUCGUGAAGACUCUCCGGAACGUGGAUGAACUACGCAAACAGAAAUUGUACCUCACGAUGCAUAAACGAGAAGUGCUGACCAUGGAUGCGUUGAAAGGACACCCGAACAUCGUCGACAUGCUCGGUGUGUGCGGCACUACAGUGGUGACAAAGUUCUUCAAGGAAGACUUCAAAGGAUCAAUCAGGCGACGGGGGGCACCGAUGCCAAUUCGCCAGGUCGUGUCCCUCGCGCUGGGAGCUGCAAAAGGACUGCAGGCUUUGCACGAGAUCGUGGGCGGUAUUCACUUUGAUAUGAAGCCACAGCAACUGCUCAUCGACGAUGAUGGGACUGCCGUGGUCAACGACUUCAACGCACUCAAGCUCAUGGGUAGAAGCCCCGGCCCUGACGAGGAGUUUUGCGCCGUGCAUGGAGGGACACCAGCCCAGCUAAUACCCUGGCGACCCCCCGAAAACUACGCUGGAAAGCCCCUGACAGAAAAAGCAGACAUCUACAGCAUGGGAAUGAUCUUCUACUCGUUGAUAGCCGGACGAAAUCCGUACGACACCCCGGAGGCCUUGAAGACGGCGGUCUCGCACGGUUCAAAGCCCGAGGUAGACCCUUCGUGGCACAGAGGGUACAUGGAGGUUGUCGAACGAAUGUGGCUGGAUGAUCCCGAGCGAAGACCGUCCGCCCGACAGGUUGUCGUACGGUUGACGGCGAUACAAGAAGAAGUAGGGACGUUCGUGAAAGAAGCUCCCGUCGAAUAGACCUAGGUACCUUCUUCGCUGUUGUAGUUCAGCGGAUCAUUAAUUGUACAGUAAGAGAUACACGGAGGAAACAAAAGAAAUACCAUACUCGUGCAGGACAGUUCAAAAGGGUAUAGACUAUAUCCUCCUGUGUGAC